AUGGAUUGGCUGCACAUUUACAUCGCCGGCGCGGCCUUUUUGGUCUUUGCCCUCGUUGCUCUCGUCCUCCUCGUUUCUUUUCAACAGGUCAAGGUGGAUAUGGAUCAUGGCCCCCUCACGUAUGUGAAGUUCAUCUGGGCGAAUUUCCUGAAGCCUCACGAUAAGAGUGUGGAGGGCCAGCAGGGUGCGCUGGAGAGCUUCUACAAGACUCAGGCAACUGUCUACGAUGCUACCCGCCGUCGUCUUCUCCAUGGUCGUGAGGAUAUGCUCGGUCUGGUUGCCGCGCAGUUGAAGUACAAGGUCGAGAACAAGGAGAUCAAGGCGGGCAAGGCAGUCUGGGUUGAUGUUGGUGGUGGCACUGGAUACAACAUCGAGGCCAUGUCCGCUUUCCUCCCCGUCGACAAGUUCUUCGAUCAAGUCUACCUCGUCGAUCUCUCCCCCUCGCUCUGUGAUGUCGCUCGUCAGCGCUUCGAACGCCUUGGCUGGAAGAAUGUCACCGUUCUGUGUCAGGAUGCUCGCUCGUUCCGUCUUCCCGAGAGGCAGAUUGACCCCAAUGCUGCUGAUGGUGCGACUACCGAUUGCGCGGACUUGAUCACUAUGAGCUACAGCUUGUCUAUGAUUCCUGACUACUACAGCGUUGUUGACUCGUUGACCUCCCGCCUCAAGGCUACUGGCUUGCUGGGUGUUUGCGAUUUCUACGUCCAGAGCAUUGUCGACGUCUCCUGCCGCAACUACACUGGUGGCGCCUUUAACCGCCAUGUCAACUGGCUCGGUCGUGUCUUCUGGCGUGCGUGGUUUGACUUUGACCGUGUGAGCUUGGAAGCCGCUCGUCGUGACUACCUGGAGUACAAGUUUGGUACCGUGAUCUCCGCCAGUGAACGCAACUAUGCUCUCGGUGGUAUUCCUUACUACAUCUUCGUGGGUUGCCCCAAGGAGAUCGCCUCCACGCCAUCGAGCCAGGCCGCUAUCGAGAAGCUCGAUGCUUCCUUCACCGAGUCUCCCUACCUCCUCCCCGCGAACCACCAAAAGGAGAUGGACAAGGCUGUUGAGAAAAGCACGACCGAGGUCCGUUCCAAGGCAUAUGAAUCGGCUGUGAUCAACCUGAGCGCCAACCUGCCCCUUCCCUCCUCCUUCUACCAAAACCACCACUACCGCAUCCACUACAAUGACAUGCUCCCCAAGCACACCCAAUUCCAGAAUGAAUACAUCUACGCCUUCACCUGGGAAGACCCCCGUGUCGACCACCGCCUGCUCAACAUCGGCCCCGAUGAUGUGAUUCUCGCUAUUACCAGCGCCGGUGACAACAUCCUGGAUUACCUGCAAAAGAACCCUCGUCGAGUCCACGCCGUCGACCUGAACCCCAACCAGAACCACCUCCUGGAGCUCAAGGUGGCCAGCUACAUCGCUCUGGGCCACCGUGACAUGUGGAAGAUCUUUGGUGAGGGCAAGCACCCGGAAUUCCGCGAGCUGCUCAUCUCCAAGCUCAGCCCUCAUUUGUCCAGCCAAGCCUUCCAGUACUGGGCGGAGCACACUCACAUCUUCACCUCCAAGUCUGGUCGUGGUCUGUACGAGACUGGUGGCUCGCGCCACGCAAUCCGCAUGGUGCGCUACCUGUUCAACAUGUUCGGACUUCAGGGCGAGGUGGAGAAGAUGUGUUCGGCACAGACUCUGGCUGAGCAGCGGGAGAUUUGGCCUCGCAUUCGUCGGGUCUUGCUCAGCAAGCCCCUGAACUGGGCCAUUGUCAGUACCGAGUGGUUUGCCUGGAAGGCGGCUGGUGUGCCUCGCAACCAGCGCAACAUGAUUGUUGAUGACUAUUUCCGCCGCAACGGUUUGACGACGGAUAUGAAGCAGGGCAAGGAUAUCAGUGGCCAAUCUAUCUGGGAAUACGUGGUGAACACUCUGGACCCUGUCGUCAACGAUACUCUGAUCAGCAACGACAACUACUUCUACUACCUGUGUAUGCAGGGCAGGUUCUCACGCCGCUGCCACCCCACGUAUCUCUCCCCUCAAGCCCACGUCAAGCUGUCCACCCCCGGUGCCUUUGAUGGUCUCCGAAUUCACACCGAUGAGAUUAACGAGGUGAUUAACCGUAUCACCCCGGGCACAUUGACCAUCGCUGUGGUCAUGGACUCCAUGGACUGGUUCGACCCCGAGGGAGAUGCCGCACCCGCACAAGCCCGCCGGUUCAACACUGCUCUGAAGAAGGGUGGCCGUAUCCUGCUCCGCUCUGCCAGCAUCGACCCCUGGUACAUCAAGCACUUUGAGGAGAACGGCUUCUCACCCCGCCGAGUUGGAGCCCGUUUCCCCGGAACAUGUAUUGACCGUGUCAACAUGUAUGCCUCAACCUGGAUCUGCACCAAGACCGAAGACAUCGCCCGCCCCAAGAACGACCGCAGCAUCUCCGUCCUCUCCCUCGGCGAUGCCGCAGUUGGAUCAGCCAAGCGAUCCAGCAGCGUGGAAGACCUGCAAAUUUAA